AUGGGGCCGAUUCCUUGUUUGAAGGGCUGUGGCUUCUUCGGCGAUCCAGAGCAGCGCAAUCUCUGCUCGCGGUGCUACAAAGAUGAGAUAUUUGCGUGCGUGAAGACAUCGAUCGAGAAUCAAAUCAAUCGUGAGAAGGCUAUGAUGAUGGAUGUGAAAGUAGAACCAGUAGUGGUACCAUUGCCGCCCAUUAAGACGAUGAAAACCACGAAGAGGUGCGAAUCUUGCAAGAAAAAGAUAGGGCUGAUGGGUUUCAGCUGCAAGUGCGGUGGUGAGUUUUGCUCUUCUCAUCGGUUGCCGGAGAUGCAUUAUUGUUGUAUUGAUUUCAAGGGUUUUGGUAGGAACUCCAUUGCCAAGGAAAAUCCAGUAGUCAAGGCUGAUAAAAUUCUCAAGAUUUGA